UCAUCUCUUUCCAGAUUUCCCUCAAACCCUAGAUCCUCACACCAUCACUGCUCUCUCUCUGUCUCUCUCUCUCGGAUACCAAAUCAAAGAUCAGAAAAAUGGCGACGAGCAAUCCAACGGUGUUGCAGUUUUCGCCGUCGUCGACGAGCGUCUCAGCGAAGGUCCAUCCUCUGGUGAUUUUCAACAUCUGUGACUGCUACGUCCGGCGACCCGACCAGGCCGAGCGAGUCAUCGGAACUCUUCUCGGCUCCGUCUUGCCUGAUGGCACCGUUGAUAUUCGCAACUCUUACGCCGUUCCUCACAACGAGUCCUCUGAUCAGGUUGCACUGGAUAUAGACUAUCAUCAUAAUAUGCUACAAUCCCACCUGAAGGUGAACCCAAAAGAAGUCAUUGUUGGAUGGUUUUCAACAGGCUUUGGUGUCACAGGAGGGAGUGCUUUGAUUCAUGAAUUUUAUUCCAGAGAAGUUACAAACCCUGUUCAUCUGACUGUUGAUACAGGAUUCAGUAAUGGAGAGACUAGCAUAAAAGCUUUUGUCUCUGUUAGUUUGUCUCUUGGAGAUCAGCAACUUGCUGCACAAUUUCAAGAAAUUCCGUUGGAUCUACGCAUGGUUGAAGCUGAGAGGGUUGGCUUUGACAUCCUUAAGACAACAAUGGUUGACAAACUCCCAAAUGAUUUGGAAGGAAUGGAAGCAUCAAUGGAACGGUUAUUAGCUCUGAUUGAUGAUGUCUACAAAUAUGUUGAUGAUGUUGUGGAAGGCCGCAUUGCACCUGAUAAUAACAUUGGGAGAUUCAUAUCAGAUACCGUUAAUUCCAUUCCCAAAAUAUCACCAUCAGCGUUUGAUAGGCUCGUGAAUGAUAGUUUACAGGACCAAUUACUCUUGCUUUAUUUGUCAAGCAUCACAAGAACGCAACUAAGCCUUGCCGAAAAAUUGAACACAGCUGCUCAAAUCCUGUAACUGACUUUGUUGAACUCAUUCAUUUUCAAGAUAUUUCUGUGCUGUUAGUGCUUGUUUGGCCACUUUGAGAAUUUUGCUCACAUUUGAUUUCGAGAAAGAGUUGUAAUAUCUUUUCUGAUCUUGAGCAUGGAGGUGGUCCUUCAUUGACUAUCUAAAUUUGCUUUUUUUGUGGUGGUAAAAUUGCUAUGUAGAAAACAACAAUACUUUUGUUAGAAUCUUAGGGAAAUUGAGAUGGAAUAUUGUGGUUCUGAACUGGUUUUUGGAAGGCCUGUUAUGAUUUUCAAGUUAUUUCUUGAAA